AUGCGUCUCGAUGAUUUUGCUUCUAUAUGGUGGAAGUUAGAGGAAGAGAAGAUUGGUCUGAAUAUCAAUACUGUUUCUUGGGAGAUCUUCUUAGAGAGGUUCAGGGCACGGUUUCUUUCACCGCAGUGGAGACAGACUCGGGCAGAUGAGUUCUAUUCAUUGCGACAGUUUGGUAUGUCAGUUGACCAGUUCGAGCAUAGAUUCUAUGAGCUGAAGCAGUAUGCCGGGAUUGGCAACGAUGAGGCUAUGCUCGUACAGCAUUUCUUGAGAGGUCUUAACGACCGCAUUAGUGGAGGGGUUAGAGUUUUUGAGCCAGUUUCAGUGGAGGCAGCGGUGGCGAAAGCCAGAUUGGUGGAGCAGAACCUCAUCCGUGCACAUGGUGGACAGGCAGGAGUUCAGAUAGGGAGUGUUCCUUCCAGUGGGAACAGAGCUCGUGGGAAUCAGUCCCAGUCAGCGGCACCAUUCAGGACUCCUCAGGCACCCGCUAAGGGUGGACAGCAGCAGCAGCCGCAGCAGCAACCGCAGCAGCAGAAACCGAAACAGUCUCAGGGCCAGCAGGGUGGCAACCCUCCUCAUAGAAGAAACAGGAACUGGCGGAGAAGCAAACAGGGUUUUCCAGGACAGUCUUCUCAGAGUGCAUCACAGGCCCCUAGUAGGGGAAGCUUUCAGCAGUCCAGUGGGCCGACUGGAGGUAGAGGACCUGGUAGAGGAGCUUGCUACUCUUGUGGGCAGUAUGGUCAUAUAGCCGUGCAGUGUCCUCAGCGUAUCCACCAGACAGGGAAUCAGGGGCCAGUUGCAUCAGAGCCUACAGUAGGGGAUGCCGGUAGGACCCACAGAGUGUUUGCAGCGGUUGAUAACCGCCAGGCUGAGCAUCAGGGGACAGUUAUUGAGGCCGCAGGUCGAGGACGGGCAGCUUUCUAUGGAGCCCGUGCGCAUUCUUCAGCGUCGGGAUUUGACCCUCAGGGGACGCACCAUCGACCAGGUAAGGGUCCUAUGGGACCCAAAUGAUGAGACCUCGGCGACAUGGGAGGAUGCAGCGAAGAUGAGAGAGCUCUAUCCUUAUCUGUUUUAGGCUUCCAGGAGUAAGCCUAGUUUUGUGGGGGAGAAUGUAGUACCCCGUUUUGAUCGGACUUAUUAGACUGAUUUUGUGUUUCAGUUUACUUUUCAGUUGGCACUUGAUUGCUCGUCAUUUUGCAGACAUAUUUGAUAUUAUAUCAUGUUUAUCUGGAUAUUGGAUGCAUGAGUUACUUUCAGUAUUUCAGUAUUGGUGAUUUCUAGUGUUUCGUGGAUUAUUGCUCGUACUGACAUUUUACUUUAUCUAGUUGAUGUGUCAUAUAUAUGUUGCGUGUUUGCUACUGUAUUGGAUGCAAGGGGACGAU